UGCACUUGACCCCUACAAUUGCCUAUUAGAGUUUUUGGGUCUAGAUGGAAGGCUUUGGAGCAAAUGGUGCAAACCUAAAGUUUGCCACCUCUGAUUUCUGGUAAUGCGUUCCUCACGAUGCACAAUCGCAAAGCAUCCAAUCAUUUCUCUAGUAAAAGCGUCCACCACUCUCAGAGAGCUUAAGCAAAUCCACUCUCACUUGUUAUCUACUGGCACUUUACACGACCCUCGCAUUCUAGGCGAAUUCAUAGCCACUAUUGCCCUCCACAAUCAAAAGAAUCUUGACUAUUCCGAGCAAAUCGUUAACCAUUGCGAAAACCCAACUCUCUUCACUUUAAAUUCCCUGAUCAGAGCCCAUUCUAAAGGCUCAACUCCUCCAAAGAGCUUCCAUUUCUAUAACAGAAUCCUCUGGUCUGCUAAUAACCUUUCACCUGAUAACUACACUUUCAAUUUCUUGGUCCACGCGUGUGCGCAGCUUUCAGCGAGAACGAUUGGAUUGACAGUCCAUGGUGCAGUGCUUAAACAUGGAUUUGAAAAUGAUCCGCAUGUUCAAAGUGCGUUGAUUUACAUGUACGCUGAAUUGGGUUGUCUGCGUGAUUGUCACCAAGUGUUCGAUGAAAUUCCUGAGCCAGAUUUGGUGUGCCAGACUACAAUGGUGAGCGCUUGUGCGAGAUGCGGGGAUGUGUCUUUUGCAAGAGAGUUGUUCGAUGUGAUGUCUGAAAGGGACCAUAUCACAUGGAAUGCAAUGAUUGCGGGGUAUGUGCAAUGUGGUAAAUCGAAGGAGGCUUUAAAUUUGUUUUGCGCGAUGCAAACACAAGGCGUCAAAGUAAGUGAGGUUUCUAUGGUUUCAGUGUUAUCUGCAUGCUCCCACUUAGGUGCACUAGAUCAGGGGAGAUGGGCACAUGCUUAUAUAGAGAGCAACAAGCUUCCAAUCACCGCUACAUUAGGAACAGCACUGAUUGAUAUGUAUGCUAAAUGUGGGAAUGUUAAUAAAUCAAUGGGAAUUUUUUGGGGGAUGAAAGAAAAGAAUGUAUACACAUGGAGCACUGCAAUUAACGCGUUAGCCAUGAAUGGGGAUGGGCAUAAGUGCCUUGAGCUCUUUUCCCUUAUGAAAAAAGAUGGGGUGCAGCCCAAUGAAGUCACAUUUGUGUCAAUUUUAAGGGCUUGUAGUGUAGUUGGACUGGUUGAAGAAGGUGAAGAGCAUUUUGAAUCAAUUAAAAAAGUAUACGGGAUUGAGCCUAAGCUGGAACAUUAUGGGUGUAUGGUUGAUCUGUAUGGCCGAGCUGGGCGAUUAAAUGAAGCCGUAAGUUUCAUCAAUAACAUGGCAGUUAAGCCGCAUGCUGGUGCUUGGGGAGCUUUGCUUAGUGCGUGCAGAAUGUAUAAAAACAUGGAAUUGGGCGAACUUGCUUCAAGAAAGCUAAUAGCAUUAGAGGCCAAAAAUCAUCAUGCUUAUGUUCUCUUGUCAAAUAUAUAUGCUGAUUCCAAUAACUGGGAUAAGGCAAAUUAUGUGCGACGGAUUAUGAAGUCUAGAGGUGUAAGGAAAGAGCCUGGUUGUAGUGCAAUAGAGGUUGAUGGUGAAGUUCACGAGUUCUUUGUUGGGGAUAACUCUCACCCUAGGUAUGGUGAUGUUGAUAUUGUGUAAAAACUGGCUUUAGACGAUUAUAGUUAAUGAUAAUUCUAAGAUUCAUAAUUGCUUUAUGAUUAAUAGCAUGUAUUUACCGUUAUUUAUAUGAACUAGGUGGCAUGCCCACGCGAAUUUAGUGAA